AUGACAGACGCAAUUGUACACUCGCCCGAAACCCCCCUGUGGCCGCGAAUCCGACACCAGCUCCGAGAACCGUUUGCCGAGUUCUGGGGAUGUCUGAUUCUCAUUCUGCUGGGAGACGGAGUGGUGGCCCAGGUGACCCUCUCCGGCGGCAAAAACGGAGACUACCAGUCCAUUUCCUGGGGCUGGGGUCUCGGAGUCAUGUUUGGCGUCUACGCCGCUGGUGGAAUUUCCGGCGGCCAUCUGAACCCCGCCGUGACUCUCUGCUCCUGUAUCUACCGAGGUUUCCCCUGGCGCAAGUUUCCCAUCUAUCUGGUGGCCCAGUUGCUGGGAUGUAUGACCGGAGCUGCUCUGGUCUAUGGAAAUCACCGGUCUGCCAUUGACGUUUUUGAGGGCGGCAAGGGCAUUCGAACCGUCGGAUUGCCCACUUCUACCGCCGGAAUCUUCUGCACCUACCCCGCCGAGUUUAUGAGCACCACCGGCCAGUUUUUCUCCGAGGUCAUUGCCUCAGCCGUGCUCCAGUUUGCCAUUUUCGCCAUCAACGACCAAAAGAACCUCGCCGCCGGCCCCCUGGCACCCCUGAUCCUCUUUUUCCUCAUUUUCGCCAUCGGCGCAUGCCUCGGAUGGGAAACCGGAUAUGCCAUUAACCUGGCCCGUGAUUUCGGCCCCCGAUUGGUCACCGCAAUGAUCGGCUACGGCUCCAAGGUCUGGACCACGGGCAACUACUACUUCUGGGUGCCCAUCAUCGCGCCCUUCAUCGGCGCUGCCCUCGGCGGCUUUUUCUACGACCUGUUCCUCUACACCGGCGACGAGUCGCCCCUCAACUGGCCCUACAUGGGAUUCGACCGAAUUUUCUACCUGCUUGGAAAGAAGGAGGCUCCCAGAAUCGAACAUGAUAUGGGUAUGGUUGAGGAGGCUCCCAGUAAGGAGGAAAUUGCCCAUUUUUCCAAUUCCCCUAAUGUUUCUAGUUAG